AUGGCGUCUGCUAAUCUGAGAGCCGAGCUGGAAUGUUCCGUCUGUCUGAACAUUUAUACAGAUCCUGUAACCCUGAAAUGUGGACACAACUUCUGCCGGGAUUGUAUUGGUCGUGUGCUGGAUACACAGGGGGGGUCUGGAGGAUAUUCCUGUCCUGAAUGCAGAGAGAAGUCCCAGGAGCGGCCUGCACUGCAGAGGAACAUAAAACUACGUAACAUAGUGGAGAACUUCCUGUCUGCUCAGCCAGAGGAGGAGUCCGGGGUCCUCUGUACUCACUGUUAUCACGCUCCUGUACCUGCUGUGAAGUCCUGUCUGCAUUGUGAAGCUUCUCUGUGUGACAACCACCUGAGAGUCCACAGCAAGUCCCCAGAACACGUCUUAUGUGACCCCACCACUUCCCUGGAGAACAGGAAAUGCUCCGUCCAUAAGAAGAUCCUGGAGUAUUACUGCACUGAGGACUCGGCCUGUAUCUGUGUGUCCUGCUGUCUGAUUGGAGGUCACAUUGGCCAUAAGAUGGAGUCACUGGAUGAGGCCUCUGGGAAGAAGAAGGAGACACUAAGGAAUGUUCUCCAGAAACUGAUGACACAGAGAGAGGAGACGGAGAGAAGAGUCCAGAGUCUGGAGGAACACAGGAGGAAAGUACAAGGAGAAGCAGCCGGUGACACAGAGAGAGUCUCUGCCCUGUUCAGAGACCUCAGGAGACGUCUGGAGGACCUGGAGAAGAGAGUCCUGAGGGAGAUCUCCGGGAGGGAAGAGCGGGUCUCCAUCUCUGUGGUGGAGAUGACCCGGGAGCUGGAAAUAAAGAAGGAGGAGCUGUCCAGGAAGAUGCGUGACAUUGAGGAGCUGUGUAACCUGACGGAUCCACUGACUCUCCUACAGGAAUCAGACACAGGUGACUUGUGUGAUACUGAGGAUGGAGAUGAUGAGGACGGAGAGAGACAUGAUAGACUCCUCCAUGAUGGGGGGGGUCUGGAUGUGGCUGGGAUCUCACACACAUUACACACGCGGUUAUCGGAUAUCAUGUCUGGGGUAAAUGUAUUCUUCUAUAUACAGGAAGACAUAUUACUGGAUGUGAACACAGCUGCUAAUGAUCUACAGAUAUCACAUGACAGGAAAUCUGCAACCGCGUCACAUAAGAGGCAGAAUCUUCCAGAAACUCCGGAGAGAUUUCAGUAUUCUCCUCAGGUGUUGAGCAGUCGGAGUUUCUCCUCAGGGCGACAUUACUGGGAAGUGGAUGUCGGGGGGUCAGAGUGGUGGAGAGUCGGGAUGUGUUACCCCAGUAUAGAGAGGAGAGGAGAUCAGUCACUGAUUGGAUGUAAUAAGAAGUCCUGGGGUAUGGAGAGGUGGGGGAGGGGUACUCAGUACUCAGUGAGACAUGACAGGAAGGAGAUCCCAUUACCCGGCAAUGUCCCCAGUAACAGAGUCGGGAUAGAUCUGGAUUAUGAGGCCGGGCGGAUCUCCUUUUAUGAUCUGUGUGACCCGAUCCGACUCCUCCACACCUUCACCACCACCUUCACUGAGCCCCUCCAUGCCGGGGUAUGUGUAGGGAAAGGUUGUAUAAAGAUAUCUGGGGGGAAUCAGAGGUGAGAGAUCUGCCCGGAGACUGGUGACAUCACAGGGCUGAGAAUCUGAUUGGUGGAAUACUCAGCCAAUAGGAGGAAGCAGUGGACAGGAAA